AAUGCUCUUUAACUGCCACUGAAUCUCAAAUCCACCAUACCUUUCGAACUUCCGGAAGUGAAUGAACCUGGAAAUGCGCAUUAACACCAGUCAGUACGGCGCGCACACGUAUUUACGGUAUUUAAAAAAAAUUUUAAAAUUAUUGCAAAAAUUGUAUAAAUAUACAAGAACAGGGAAACAAGACAUGAAUAUAUUCCUACAAAGAACAAACAUAAAAAUAAAGACAAAAAAAUUAUAUUCUGGAUUUGCGUACAUCAAAUUAUGGAAUUAUCUAUACAGAAAACUGCAAAAAUAAAAUUACAUCAUUUUAGAAAAGCUGUCAUAGUGCAUCAAAAAAUUUGGCACUCUUUUUGUUAUUUGUAAGUCUUAGAGAUGAAACGAGAAUCAAAUUCAGAAAGAAAGAGGGGGAAAGACAAAGGAGAUUUAAGCCACUUUUGCUUAUGAAUGAAGAAUUUUGCAUUCAAUAUAAGAAAAUUAACAACAUAUUCAACAGGUAGUAGCUUUGGAUUUUCAUAAUAAAAAAUAACAUCUUUGAGGACGAAGGUAUGGGUCACAUUUGUAAGGUUAGAAACAGGUGCUUAAGUCAACCCAUAAUUUGCUGUUAACACCACAAUCAAAAAACAAAUGGGAAGCUGUUUCUUCAACAAAACCACAAAACAAGCAAGACUCGGACGAGGACUUUUAAGAGGCUCAAGAGUUUCUUUAGCAGUGGAGAAAAUGGCCGAAACAUGAAGAGGGAAAAGAAAUGUGUUGCACACAAUACAUGACAAUGAGUUGAAGCAACACCAUGUAAGAUUUGCUCACGGUUCCCCCAUGUGGAUGAUAAGCGCAAUUACCAGUGUCAUAAAUACUGUCGCUGUUUAAGGUUCCCGGUGGGCAGCGCAAUACACAUGAAUUUGUUGACUAAGCUGACGGAACUGGCGAAAGCAGAAACCUCGUUUGGAAACCAUGUCCACCGACCAAGUAGCCCAGUUUAUGAUAUGUUCUACAAAUAUCAUAUCCGGAGAAAGGAAAACAUUCUGAGCGUUUUUUAUGUUCAACCAUUGAUGUCACAUGGACUAUUUUACCGAUGUCCUUGCUAUGUUUCUGAGCCUUGAUCGUGAUAGGAUCCUUGCUGUCUAUGGGAGGGUCAGAGAGCUCUCAGAUUUAAUCAAAAAUAUCUUCAUUUGUGUUGCAAAAAUGAACAGAAGAUCUCAUGGGUUUAGAACGACAUGAGGUUGUGACUAAGAGUUGAAGCAAGCAGGAAUAUCUGGAGGAGUAUCAUCUGAACUGAGAUCUGCUGCUGUGAAGAUGGUGUUUGUUAAAGAAGAGAGUGAGGAGAACACGAGUGAACCAGAAACAUGGAGAAUAAAACAGGAGGAUCUAGAGCCCUGGAGAAUAAAACACGAGGAACCAGAAACCUGGAGAAUAAAACACGAGGAACAAGGAGCGUUGAUUGAAGAUAAUGAGGACAAAGAAGCAUUGAGUGAAAUUGAGGAGAAAAAUCACGUCAAAACUGGAGAAAAACCCAAACAGAAAGAUUUAAAUAAAAAAAGAGCCAAGAAAUAUUUCACCUGCACUCAGUGUGGAAAAAGUUUCACAUACAAACGUACUCUUGAUCUUCACAUGAGAGUUCACACUGGAGAGAAACUGUUCACUUGUGAUCAGUGCGGGAAGAGUUUCUCACAAUCAGCAAACUUUAAGGAUCACAUUAACAUCCACACCAGAGAGAAACUGUACACAUGUGAUCAGUGCGGGAAGAGUUUCAUACAAAAAGGAAACCUUUCAGCACAUAUGAGAAUUCAUACUGGAGAGAAACCGUUCACUUGUGAUCAGUGCGGGAAGAGUUUCACAAAAUCAGCAAAUCUUAAUGAUCACAUGAACAUCCACACUGGAGAGAAGCGGCACGCAUGUGAUCAAUGCGGCAAAACAUUUUUGUGGGCUUCAGUCCUGAAGAAACACCUGAGAGUUCAUACAAAGGAGAAGCCACAUUCAUGUCAUUUAUGUGGAAAGGGUUUUUCAUGUCUUCAAAAUUUGGAAAUACAUCAGAAAAUUCAUACUGGUGUGAGAGAUUACAUGUGCUUUGAGUGUGAAAAGACUUUUACUUCAGCUGGACGUUUGAAACUGCAUGAGAGGAUCCACACCGGAGAAAAACCUUACAAGUGUUCACACUGUGACAAGAGAUUCAGUCAGUCAGCAAGUCGGAAAACACACGAGAGGAUUCACACUGGAGAGAAACCUUACAAGUGUUCACACUGUGACAAGAGAUUCAUUCAGUUAUCACAUCUGAAAAUACAUGAGAGGAUCCACACUGGAGAGAAACCUUACAAGUGUUCACACUGUGACAAGAGAUUCAGACGAUCAGAACACCUGAAAAUACAUGAGAGGAUUCACACUGGAGUAAAAUCUUAUAUGUGACCCUGGACCACAAAACCAGUCAUAAAGCUCAAUUAAAAAAAAAAAAUAAAAAAAAAAAAAGAGAUGUAUCCAUCAUCUUAAAGCUGAAUAAAUAAGUUUUCCAUUUAAUAUAUGGAAAAUGGAUAUUGUUACGAUAGGAUAAUAUUUGGCCAAGAUACAGCUAUUUGAAAAUCUGGAAUCUGAGGGUAAAAAAAAAAAAAAAAUAAUAAUUCAAAAUAUUGAGAAAGUCGCCUUUAAAGUUGUCCAAAUGAAGUUCUUAGCAAUGCAUAUUACAUUAAAUUUUUGGUUCAUUCAGACUGAAUUCAUUUCAAUUGAUGAAUGUGAUUGUGUUUACAUGAACGCUAAAUAAAGCGAUCGAGUUGAUGUGUGCAUUUAUAUGUCACAAGCUUCAAAUCGGAAUUGUGUUUUUGGGGAGUUUUUUUUGACGUGCACACACUGCACAAAUAGCAGUGUAAAUAAAGCUCAUCCUAGACUUUCUGUCAUAGCAACAGGUCCGUAACCUAAACCUGGGGCCUGUACCAUAAUGGUAGAUGAACAAAUUCAGAGGUACAGGAUUAGUUUUGAAUUGACAAAACCAAACCAGCUUUAUUGGUACCAUGAUGCUGAUCAUCAACUUUCUUUUCUUUUCUUGUCUUUUGUCAACUCAGGCUUUGAUCCUGACUUUGUGGAGCACAUGCACAUGAAUGUGUGACAUCACUGGUGAACAGCCAAUCACGAGCAUUAGUUAAAGGCUAAAGGUUAAGAGAUUGAAGAAUAUGAUGAAUUUAAAUGCAUUUACAAUGAAAAAUUUACUUUCAUAAAAGAGGACAAAUAAAAUAAAUGAUCUUGCUUUAUCAGUGCAGUCACAAAUUAAACUUGUUAAGUUAGCUUAUAUAGUUGGAAAUAUGCAGCAAUAAAGACUCAAACAUGUAAGGUCACAGUCAUUUUUAAAGCGUUAUCUAUUUAGUCUACAGCUUAUUUAUAUUAUAUAUAUAUAUAUAUAUAAAAAUGUUCAGUUUUUUUCCCCCACAUAAAAACAUUCCUUUAAUUUAUAUUUUAAUGAAUAAAAAUUAAACAUCUUAUUUUUGGAAAAUAAAGGGGAUCUAAUAUUGAUAAUAACAUUGAAGACAUUGUAUGAUUAUUCCUUAAAGAUAAGGUUUUAAUAGUUUUAGUAGUCUAUUACAUUCUGCCCAAUGUCUUCAAGUGGAACCGAACUUUUAUUUUGACGGGUUGCCGUGAGGAUAAUUUCUCAAAUGAAACGGUCAAAUGCUCAUGAAGUGACUCUCAGAGCAGUUCUAGAGAUGUUGUUCAUGUGUUUAUGUCCUCAUUUAGUGAGACGACAGACUUUAAUAUCGCCGCAAGCGUCACGCGGGCUUCUGUAUGAGUAGUAAACAAACCCGUGCGUCUGCACCAUACAUUAACACAGAGACACACAGAAGUCAUAUUUAAAUAGUCGUUUUUCGGCUUAAUAUUUACAAAUAGGAGUGGGAGUGUGCGCUUACGUUUGUUUGUCUGUGUGUGUGUGUGUGUGAGAACCCGGGCGGAACUCCGCUGUGCGCACGAUACAGAGAGCGCGACAAUGUAACGUAGAGACAGAAAUGACACGCCGUCGUGUAAAUAAGAUAAAUAACAUAAGGCUAUUUAGUUUGUUUAAUAACAGAACAAGGUAUACAUCUGUUUUAUAGGGAUGACUUCUUUUGUGGUCUGGCGCUAUAGAGAAAAUUAAAUUAAAUUAACUUGACUUUCAAGGGGGGCGGGGGUGCCGUUGAGGGGGCGGGCCGCCCCUAAAAUAAUGGUAGGGGAAACACUGUAUAUAUUAACAUUCAUUUAAAACAAAUGAUUUAUAAUAACUGUUAAACUAAAAUUGCUAGUUUAAUGGAUUAAUAAUAAUAUAAAUCAUAUACAAUAAAAAAGUAAUUAUCAUUAAAGUCAGACAAUUUUUUUUAGUACUAGUGACCUUUAAUUUGGAGCCAGAGAAACUGGGAGAGUGACUUUUUUUGUGUCAGACGUGUCACUUUGCUCACAUCUGAUUGGUCCAAUUUCAGUUUGAUUUAGCUGUGGAGUGUAAGUUACUAUGGCAAUGAAUGCAACUAAAAGCCAAGCCACUUUCAUUGUUCCUAAAACCCAGGAUUGGAGCAAACUAAACUGAAACUUACCUGGCUAGCCAGCUAAACCGGCUUCAUAAGUACAGGCCCCUGCUCAGGAGCAGCUGUUUUCAUGUAAACAGGAUUACAUCACAUCUUUUUAAGCAGAAUUGAUACGUAAAAUAUGUCGCAACCAUUACUUUAUUACAAGAGUACCCUAUUGGUCCAGGGCCAAUAAUUUAAAAUAAUAAUAAUUAAAAAAUUAACUUGCAAAUAAUAUAAUAAUGUUGUGUAGUCUACAGUAUAAUACUAUAGACACAGCCAGUUUUCCCUCAUUUAAAGAUUUAUUAGUGAUGAAAUAAUUACAUUAUAAUUGUAUUGGAAUCUUACACACAUGCAGUUAAUCUGAGCUGUGCAUUAAUUUGAGCGGUGACAGCUAUUAAUGGAGUGUCUUGAUUGAGCCCUUAGAGCAUUAAGAACCCUUAAGAAACUUUAAUUAAUGCUGUCACCUAAGAAAUCUGCUUCAAAGAUGAAAUUAAAUGAAUUAUUAAUUACAACAUUGAAAUAAAAUUGUAAAGCCUGUACAAAUACUAGAAAUCAUGAAUAUAAAUAAUUGGGAAUCAAUAAUAAUCCUAUUUCCAAUCUCCAGUCUCUAGCACCUUGUCUCCUUCUCCAAGUGUUUGCCUUACGAGAAAAAUAAGAAAAGUGUCUGAUCAUCUUUCUGUUAAAAUCUGCCUUACAUACCUGUUCAUUUAUCACUCAGUCCAUUCUGCUGUGUUCAAUAAAGCUUGUUUGAAC